AUGCCGCGAAAAGCUCUUUUAGGGAACUGGUUUGAGGAGGAGGCGUACAUGCGCGACCGUCAGCGGCUCAUGGAGGGCCGCAACGGUGGCCUCGUAGACGCCGCACGUGAGACGCAGCUCAUCAUCGCCAAGGUGAAGCACCACAGCACGCCCUAUCCCAUGUCCCCCGUGAACGAGGACGGCCUCCUCCACUUCUACACCCCCAUUAUGCUGCAGAACGCGGCGACGCUUGGCUUCUUGUCACUCGACCUGGAGGACCGCGCGCUGCGGCCCAGCGGCUGGCGCGUGGUGUGUUCGACCGCCCCCGCCAGCGGGCCGACGCUGCGCAACUGCUUCGUCCUCGCGCCUGCACCAACCGGGCCGACCGACAUGAUCGCCCCACCGCCGGGGGAGGAGGACGUCGUCCACUACGGCCAGCCAUUCUUCAUCAUGACAGUGCCGGAGCUCUGCGACGACCCACUGUCGCUUGUGUCGGAGCACAAGGGACCCCACAGCGCGUCAAAGGUCACGGGGAAGUACCAGGACGUCUUCUUCUCCCCUGAUGGUGCCUGCGCAGAGGCAAUGUGGGUCGCGGACUUCGCAAACCAGGAGUACCGAGAAGACAUGCGUGACAGGCCUGUAAAGGCAGAUGCCGUUUUGGCGAUGCGCCACAAUCACACCAACAUUCCGCUGGCGAGCACCAAGUCUGUGUUCUACAACGACUUUGGCCCGGAGUAUGAAGUAUGCUGCAAUAAAUUCGUCACGUGCGCCACAAAACUCCGUGCAGGCCACCUGCAGGAUGAGAACUACUGGACCUUCGUCCAUAGUGAAGAGGGCAAGGAUGAGGAGCGGGAGGAAAUGGCACCCGAGUCUGCUGAGAGAGUGGAGGCAGGUGGCGGCAACCACUGA